AGGCUUAGCCAAACAGUGCACAAUCUUUUGUUCCCUUCUACCCUUCUUCCAGUUCGAAUCCCCUUCCAUUGCUUCAGCAGCGACACUUUUGCCCCUAUUUAAUAGAGUGCAUACACAAAUUGCAUAUAUAUACACAGCCGUAGAGGGAGAAAGCGCUUACGGAUAAAGAAACAGGGAGAUGGAGCAAAAGGGCGAACGGGAUGACACCGCGUACGACGGUGAAAUACCUGAUGAAGAGUACAUGGAGGCUGAUUUUGAUUCUGAUGCUGGGGCUGAACCCGAUGCUGACUCCAAAGCCAAGGAGUUGGAAGACAUGAAGAAGAGAUUGCAGGAGAUUGAGGAAGAAGCAGGGGCACUGCGAGAUAUGCAGGCCAAGGUGGAGAAAGAGACGGGCGGGGCUCAAGAAGAUUCAGCCGGCUCCUCUGCUGCUCAGGCUGAAAAGGAGGAGGCGGACUCUCGUUCAAUAUAUGUCGGUAAUGUGGACUAUGCAUGCACGCCUGAGGAGGUGCAGCAGCAUUUUCAGUCCUGUGGAACGGUAAACAGGGUGACUAUUUUGACAGAUAAGUAUGGUCAACCCAAAGGUUUUGCUUACGUAGAGUUUGUGGAAAUCGAGGCUGUUCAAAAUGCUGUACUUCUGAGUGAAUCAGAGUUGCAUGGCCGUCAACUGAAGGUAUCUGCUAAGCGGACUAAUGUUCCUGGAAUGAGGCAAUAUCGAGGAAGACGUCCCAACCCAUAUUUCGGGACGAGAAGGCCAUUCAUGGGCGGUCCACCUGUCUAUGCUCCAUAUGGUUAUGGGAGGGUUCCUAGGUUCAGGCGUCCUAUGCGCUUCAGGCCAUAUUGAUUAUUCUCUUCUUGGUCAAUGUUGGGAUGCUAAACUGGGGGAUCUUUAUCCUUUAAGCUGUACCGUUAAAAGGGCAACAGCCCCCUUAAAUUUGAUGUUUAAACUUCUUUGAAAACUUUAGUUGGAUAUGAUCGGUUUUUGCUAUUAUCGAAGACACAGUACAUUUUAAGUUUA